UAACUUUGGUGGAGUGUUCUCAUUUAAAAGCAGACUGCUGGCUUUAUCAGGGCAUGGGCAGAAGUGACCUAAAACUGCAAACAAAAUGCUGCUUCUAGCUUCAGCUUUUUUUCUAACACUACUGCAGUGUUCUAAUGCCCAAAACAAAGCAAGCUUUACACCUGCAGACUGUAACACCAUUGAAACAGAUGCAGGAGUGGCCCUGGAUUUGGUCAACAAACACCGCAGAGAUGGCUAUGUUUUUGGUUUGUUCCGUGUUGCUGAUGCACAUGAACUACAUACAGGAAAUUCAUCAGUCCUCUACUUAACUUUGGAUGUGCUGGAAACCGAAUGCCCUGUCUUAUCCAGAAAACACUGGGAGUCCUGUGAAUACAGUGAUACUUAUCCCAUGGACUUUGGGCAAUGUAAGAUUAUCACAUAUACAAACCAUCUGCUGAAGAAACCUCAGCUAUAUGGAUUUAAUUGUACAUUAAGUCCAGUUCCACCUGAUUUAUUGGAGUGCAAAGAUUGUCCUGUGAAAAUUGAAGUCUUAGAAGUCACAGAGCAACAUAAAGAUAUUGCUACGAAGGCCCUGAAGAAAUUCAAGAUUGAGAGUAACCACACAAACUACUUCGCUGUGGACAAAGUUGAAAGGGUUUUAAAGAUGACUGCCUCCCGGGAAGGUCACAUUUUAGGAUUCUCUAUAAAGGAGACAAACUGUUCUGAAACUGUGCAGCAAGAAGAUCAGGCAUCGGAAUGUGAUUUUCUCCAUGACUGGCACGCUCACAUGGGAUUCUGCACGGCGAGAGUGAUCAGUGAUGCAGAUGAACCUGAUGGAACAGACAUAAGUUGUGAAAUCUACCAUCCCUGGCAGCUUGGCUUUGGGCGAAGAGGCAAAGGUGGAAAACCACACAGACAUCCCCAUUUUCAUCAUUUUGGUCACAGACAUCAUCAUAGACAUCAUCACAGACAUGAAUGUCCACCCUCUUCUCAACCCAGACCUGAAGACCCCGAACAUAACCACAACUUCAGCAAGGAAGAUCAAGACAGCCAUGAAGGACUUGCUCCUCCUCCUCCCCCUCCUCCUCAUGGACCAGAUCACCCCCAUCCUCCUCACCAUCAUGGACCACACUGUCCUCCUCCUCCCCCUCCUCCUCAUGGACCAGAUCACCCCCAUCCUCCUCACCAUCAUGGACCACACUGUCCUCCUCCUCCCCCUCCUCCUCAUGGACCAGAUCACCCCCAUCCUCCUCACCAUCAUGGACCACACUGUCCUCCUCCUCCCCCUCCUCACGGACCAGAUCACCCCCAUCCUCAUCACCAUCAUGGACCACACUGUCCUCCUCCUCCCCCUCCUCAUGGACUAGAUCACCCCCAUCCUCCUCACCAUCAUGGACCACACUGUCCUCCUCCUCCCCCUCCUCAUGGACCAGAUCACCCCCAUCCUCCUCACCAUCAUGGGCCACCUCUAGGACACCCUCAUCACCGUCAUCACCAUUACAGACAUCACUGCAACAAGACAAGCAUGUCAGGAAAGUAUUUUCCAUGCCACAUGACAGGAACUGUCUAUCACAUUCCUGUUCUCAGUCAGCAGGGUUCUCUCAUACCUCCCAGUGCAAACUUUUGUGAGCUAUCCCAGUUCAACACUCACUCUCUCAGCACUGGUGAAGGUAUUGCCUUCACCGGCUCAAGACUAACAGAGAUGCCAGAAGAUCCAGGCUUUCCAGAUCACCCUACACAAUCAAAAUCAUGCCCAGGAAAACCCAAACUUGUUCUUCCAAAAAUUUUGCCAUUAUUUCCACAGAGUUCCACGGCAGAAAAUUCUCCUAUAUGACCCCAGAGAAAGAUGUUCCUAGUUUGAGAGCUGCAGGGCCAAGGACGGUUCUUCAAAGAAUGAAAACAGCACAUAGAGAAGGGGGGAAAGCAAUCAACUUCUAGGGAGAAGAAGCACUGAAAAUAAUCAUUAAGUAUCACCUGUAUCUUCAUCCUGGCUAUCUCAGGCUCCACUGUGAUCGAAGAACUCAAAAUUCUGAGUCCCUCAGAUAUUGUGAAUGGGUAAAAAUCUCCCCAGUAAACAAUGUUCCUUCAGUUCUAACUAAAAGGAAAAUUCCCUAAGAGUGAAAACUACCAAGUAAAAUCUUUAAUUUUGUCACCAUUCAUAAUUAUAAUGUACUUCUUGGAGGAAUCUGACCUAGAGGAAAUUUGACUGCCUUCCACAAGAAAUGAUCCAUAGCACUACAUUCAUGUUUUAUACAGAUUCAAAGAAAAUAAAAAUAUGCAAGCAUUUUUUUCUUGA